AUGUUUUAUCCAUGCUAUAUCGAUCUUGGAAAAGCAACCAGAGAGUUGUUCACAAAGGGAUACAAUUUUGGAUCCCUGCGAGUUGACUCUUGUUCAAGAUCAGGAGAAAAUCAGGAAGUCGAAUUUUCCACUGCGGCUGUGCACACUACUGCUACAGGAAAACUUGCUGGAAAUUUUGACGUCAAAUAUCGUAUACCUUCGUAUGGUGUGGUUCUGACCGAGAAAUGGAAUACGGAAAAUUUAUUGGGUACAAUUGUCGAAAUACAGGAUCGCUUUGCGCGUGGUUUAAAACUUACGCUGGAUUCAUGGUAUUCUCCACAUAAUGGCAAACGAUCAGGUCGAGUAAGAGCUGAAUGGGUGAACAGGAAUAUUACGUGCAAUCUUGAUGUUGGUUUGGAUACUGGUCCUCAAAUCAAUUUUUCUGGAGUCACUGGUUUGAAUGGGUGGUUGAUGGGAGUACAUAGCGCAUUUGAUGCUUCAAGCAGUCAGCUCAAGGGUCUUAGCUUUGCAUUUGGAAGAGUGGGAACAGAUUAUGUUUUGCAUUCAUAUGUGAAUGAUGCACGAGAAUUCGGCGGUUCAUUCUACCACAGCGUUGCCCAUAAUUUAGAAAUUGGCGCUAUGUUUAGCUGGGUGACUGGUGAGCCAGGUGCUCGUUUCGGUUUGGCGAUGAAGUAUUGUCCUACGCAGGAUUUAGAAUUGAAAGCCAAAGUCGACCACGACUCAAAACUUGCUUUUGCAUUUACACAUCACCUCUCAAGACGGCUGAAGUUGACGCUUUCGUCACAGUUUGGAAUGGCUUCUUUCAGUGAAGGACAUAAAUAUGGAAUUGGUGUGAACUUCCAUCCAUGUUGUUGA